UGCUUGUGCUAGUGAAUCAUUGCUGACAACUUAUAUAAAAAACUCUUCUGAAAACCUUCAGAAACAAAUAUAUUUCCGCAAAUUUUGAUGAUUCUAACAGGAUGAACCAAUACUGCUUUAUAUGUAAUUCAAGAGCUGGAAUUUCUUUACGAAAUGCUAUUAAUAUAUUUGGAGAAAAUAAUUUGCAACAGUCCGGUAAAUCUAUGGUCAAUAUUCUAAGCGAAAUUCUGGACAAACCGAUUAAGGAGAAGAAUAUACAUUCAAAGAUACUAUGUAAUAAAUGUCACAAAACUUGUAUCGAAUAUGAUUCAAUACAAAUAAGAUUGCAAGUAAUAAAAUCUACAAUAUUAACACAAUUUAAAAAAACAUUACCUCGACAUAAUUUGGACUAUGAUAAUUACAAUGAUGAGUCAACUCCUAAGAAGUUUAGUGGAAAAAAGAUUGUACUACCGGCAUCAAAGUUGCAACCCUUACCUUCUAACUUUGUACUUAAGGGUGGAAAAUUGGGAGCCACACCAUUAGCCAAUUUAACUUCGAAAUUAAAUAACCCAGAAAUAAGAAUAUUAUCACCGUCAACGUUAAAUUUAAAAGUGACAGUCGGCUCGUCCGUUCUCACACAGAGCAUAAAGACGACUGGUGUCUCCAAUAAGCAACGCAGCCUCGCUCAUACAGUGACGUCAUCCGUCACGUCAACUUUGACGUCCGUGACAUCAUCCGUCACGUCAGCCAGUUUCACGAGCACAAAGACAAGUCGUGUGCUGAGUUUUGCAUUGGAUGAACCUCCCAAGGAUAUUUUUUCCGCUGAAUUGAGUCAAAAUUCUUCAUUGAAAAGUGAAGAAAACGGUGAUGCUGUGAACGAUGAUCAACCUAUGGAGAUAGAUGAAGCUUGUUCCCUCGCCGUUAUAACAACUUCAGCAAAUGACGAGAAAUUGGUAUUCGAAGACAUUGCAAAUAAGAAUGAUGAUGACAAAUCAAAGUCUUUCUUCGAUGUGGACUUGUUGUCCAGUCUGGACUCGCCCGCUGGGGAAGGGGAGGGGAAGUACGUGUUGGGCAAGCUGCAGAUGAUGCAGGGGGAUGAUGAUGAUGAUGAUCAAUCUACGAUAGUAAUGGGCAGUGAGAACGGAAUAAUCCGCGUGAUGUCGGGGCAGAAGUUCCUGUCAGGGGAGAUAUCUCUGGUGAUGCCCGAAGAAGAAGACCUGGAAGAGCAGGAUACACAAGAUUCAAAUGAAGACUCCCAGUUUGAGCUGCACGUGUCGGGUGACGAGGAGACAGCUAAUGCUAUAAUUGCGGCUGCGCAGGAACAGGGCGGAGCUUUUAUAAAAGUGGAAUCAGGAGAGAUGUAUCGAGUUGAAUCAGUUCAGAGCAAACCUGAAGACGAUGUGUCUGGUGAAGACGACGCCAUGUUGUUAGACAUUGUCGCUCGGGAGAAUGGACAAUUCAAAUGUUUGAUUUGCGAAAGAAAUGAUUCAGAAGGUGCUCAGUUCUCGGGUAGUGCGGCGAGCAUGGCGCAGCACAUGCGCAGUUGUCACGGCGCGCGCAUACACAUCUGCGCACUUUGCGGACUCAUACUGCGCAAGAAGGCGGACUACCUCGCGCACCUCAGCAAACACAAAAAUCUGGUGCAUACGGACAAAAGUAAAAUGCACGAGUGUAAUAUUUGCCAGAAAAAGUACAAUUCUAAGUCAACGUUGGCAGAACACAUGCACACACACACAGGCUCCAAACCUCACACGUGUUCUGUGUGUGUCAAGAGUUUUGCUUCAAAGUACACACUGCAGUCACAUCUCAAGACACAUCUGGACAGGCCGCGUCCUUUCAAAUGUAGUCAAUGCGGCAAGUCGUUCCUCACGCAGCAGAAUUUAAACCAACACGAGAAAACUCAUUCAGGAGUUAAGGAAUUCAUCUGUAAAGUUUGCGGUAAGGCAUUCGGUGCGUUGCACAACCUGGAGGUGCACGGUGUGGUGCAUUCAGGCAACAAGCCCUUCGUCUGCGGAGUCUGCUCCAAGGGAUUCGCGCGCAGGGCUGAGGUCAGAGACCACAUGAGGAUACAUACAGGCGAGCGUCCGUUCUCAUGCGAGGAGUGCGGGGCGAGGUUCACGCAGCGCUCCAACCUGCACUCACACCGGCGCGCCACACAUCUUGAUGACAAGCGACAUGUCUGUCACCUCUGCCCCAAGAGGUUCAAGCGUCGCCGGUUGUUGGAUUACCACGUGAAGGCAUCGCACACAGGAGAGCGGCCGCUCCAGUGCGAGGUGUGCCAGGCCUCCUUCGUCUACCCGGAGCACUUCAAGAAGCACAUGCGCAUACACAGCGGGGAGAAACCCUACAGCUGCGAGGUGUGCGGUCGUCAGUUCAACACACGAGACAAUCUGAACACGCACCGCUACGUGCACAGCGACAAGAAGCCGUACGAGUGUGUCGUGUGCUCCGCCGGGUACAUGCGCAAGCAGCAGCUCUACCAUCAUAUGAAGAACACCGGACAUCUCGCUGAGUCGAUAGUUGUCAAUCAGCCGAGGAUACUGAAAGUGCCGCAAAAUGUGGUGACGUCAGCGGGCACUAUCAUCAUAGAUCCGGGGAAGGAGGAACAAACAUCUAAUAUCAGAAGUUCUGGAAUAUUUGAUGAUAUUCAAGAGGAAAGUGGGAAAUCUAUAGAAAAUUCAUCACUGGAUAUAGUUCAAAAUAACGAGGUUCAACCUUUAAUAACUUUACAUAAUAUAUCGACAGAAAAAGAAGAUAAUUCCAUAUUGGAGACAAUACCUGAAGAACAACUCACUGAAGAUACUGACCAAAUAACAACAGUAGAUGGAACCAAUGCAAAUGUCACGAGACUCAUACAAUUUCAACUUCCUGACGGUACAAGUGGAUGGCUCGCUGUAUGAGAACAAACAUAACUCAUACAAAUACUAAUUACCUUACAGAAUUAAAAGUAUUAAUAACUUUAUUCAUUUAUUUAUCUUAUUCUUAAUAUAUUACAUAUAUAAAAUAAAAAAGA